UGUUUCAGGGACUAAUCUUUUCACUAUUUGCCCUGACAGGAGGAGCCAUAUGUGAUGUUCAAGAAAUCUGACACCCCACUUUAUGGAAACGACCGUUUUGAAGGCUACUGCAUUGACCUACUGAGAGAGCUGGCAAACAUCCUGGGCUUUACAUAUGAGAUUCGCCUGGUGGAAGAUGGAAAAUAUGGUGCACAGGAUGAGAACACGGGCCAGUGGAAUGGCAUUGUUAAAGAGCUGAUGGACCACAGAGCUGAUCUGGCAGUGGCUCCCCUCGCCAUCACAUAUGUGCGUGAGAAAGUUAUUGACUUCUCCAAGCCCUUCAUGACGCUGGGUAUAAGUAUACUGUUCCGCAAGCCCAACGGGACCAACCCUGGGGUCUUCUCCUUCCUCAACCCACUCUCACCUGAUAUCUGGAUGUAUAUUCUGCUGGCUUACUUGGGUGUCAGUUGUGUGCUGUUUGUCAUAGCCAGGUUUAGUCCCUACGAGUGGUAUAACCCCCAUCCCUGCAACCCUGACUCUGAUGUAGUGGAAAACAAUUUCACGCUGCUUAAUAGUUUCUGGUUCGGAGUUGGAGCUCUCAUGCAGCAAGGAUCUGAGCUCAUGCCAAAAGCCCUCUCUACCAGAAUUGUGGGAGGAAUUUGGUGGUUUUUCACUCUCAUCAUCAUCUCUUCCUACACGGCAAACCUGGCGGCUUUCCUCACUGUGGAGAGGAUGGAGUCGCCCAUUGACUCUGCAGAUGACCUAGCCAAGCAAACAAAGAUUGAAUAUGGAGUGGUAGAAGAUGGUGCCACAAUGAUUUUUUUCAAGAAAACAAAGAUCUCUACAUACGAUAAGAUGUGGGAAUUUAUGAGCAGUCGGAGGCACUCCGUAAUGGUGAAGAAUAUUGAGGAAGGCAUUCACCGUGUACUCACUUCUGACUAUGCAUUUCUCAUGGAGUCUACAACCAUCGAGUUUGUAACCCAGCGCAACUGCAACCUCACACAGAUUGGAGGCCUUAUUGACUCCAAAGCAUAUGGGGUUGGAACACCAAUGGGUAUGUAUAUCAAAAGUACACUGCAUGUUUUGGUGAGGUAAAAUGUAAGCUUUUGU